CGGUAGCAUCCCAAAGGGGAAGCCGGGCUGCAUCUCGGGGUUCGAGAGGAGGCCGUGGAGGCUGUGGAAGCCGUGGAGGUCAUCAAGCUCACACUGUGAGUGAUGGCCAUGUGAGCUCGGUGUAUGAGACCAACACCGAAGACUACGACUCAACCUACGUGCCAGAGACGGAGCAUGAAGAGACCUCGUAUGAUGGGGGUGACACGUACACCGAUGAUGAUGAUGAUGAAGAGAGUGAUGCCAAGUUCGCCCAAAUGGGCGAAUUGCUUGAAUGGUAUCAAAAAGAAAAAUUGAGGAGGGACCUUAGGCGCCAAGCGAGGCGUGGCUCUCGCGGUGGUUCGGGUCAAGGAAGCCGGGGAGCUUCCGUGGCCACCCCAGCGGCGUCACAAGGUGGGCGUGAAGGAGGUUUUGUCGUGAGAAUCUCCAAGUACCUCAAGGAGGCUAGGGCCUUGGGGUGUAGGUCCUUCGACGGCACCGGUGACAUUACCGUUGCCGCAGAUUGGAUUAAGAAGGUGAAGGAUGCAUCAAGAGACAUGCAAAUCACACCGGACGUGAAGUUGGCUGUCGCUUCACGGUUACUUGAAGGGAUAGCCUCUACGUGGUGGGAGAGCGUGGAAGGGAAGUACCAUGGGGAAAUAACAUGGGCGGACUUUGAGCUAGAGUUCUAUGCUCAAUACUACUCCGAGUACGAGGUGAAUGUGAAACGGAGAGAGUACACUAACCUCAAACAGAAAGAUGGCGGCACAGUUAAACAACUGGAACAAGAGUUUAGAACCUUGGCUAGGUUCUUGCCGGAGUACGCGGUUGAUGAGAACCGCAUGACGGAGCACUUUUGGGAUGCCCUACUCUUGGACAUCCGUGACCGAGCUACGUACUCGCGCCACAUGACCUUCAGCGAGGUGGUGGAACAGGGCCUUCUCGGGGAGGCCCAAUGGAAUGAGAGGAAAGAGAGAGACGCCGAAGAGGCGAAAAAGAGGAAAUGGCAAAAUUCGGGGCCGCCCGAGCAAGCACGGAAGGAUAAACACGGCGGGGGUGGCGGUUCGUUCAAGACUCCGGCACCACCGGCAAAGAAGAACAGGGAUGCUCGGUGGCAUGCAUCCUCCUCCCAAAAGACGGGGCCUCCAAAGUGUGCCAAUUGUUCGAAAAAUCACUUUGGGAAGUGCAAUGCACCCCCGAGGUGUUAUCAAUGUGGGAACACGGGCCACAUGAAGGCCAAUUGCCCACAACUGGGGGGCGGAGGAGCUCCGGGAUCCGGAGGGGGAAUCAUGACGGGGAGAAACCGCGCGGGCCCGUCAAACGGCGGUACGGGAAGAGGCGGCGCGUCCACAAGUCAUGUCGCGUCCGUAAAUCAAGGCGGGACCCAAGCACGAGUGUACGCAAUGACCGAGGCGGAUGCGCGAGCAAACCCGGACUCCGUUGCAGGUUGAAGCUAGGGCUUGCUACUUGCACCUUCUCAAGGGUGAUAUCAAAUCAGGAAGACGUGGUUCGUGCUUCCUUAUUUUCUUUCAAACUACCGAACACUUGCUCAUGGAUAUUUGUUUUACUAUAAACUAUUUUUGGGGCUUGCAUGCCCAUGUUGUUGGCCGGUUGUGGCUCAUGACGUACCGUUGAAUAUUUCCGCUAUUC